AUGUCUUCUCCCCUUUCUGCUCGGCCAUAUCGGUCAAAACGUCAGCGACCGUGUGAUCAAUGCCGUUCCCGCAAGUUGGGUUGUCAAACCGACGGCGGAGGUCCUGUCAACGAUGCCGGUCGGCCAAACUGGAGUGUACCCCGCGGUGCGAACAAUUUUUCGCCUUUUGCCGCCCAAAGUGUCGAUGGGAACACACUCGUCUCGCAAACAUGCGACAGCAAUUUCACCCGCGAGUCCAGUUGGGCAGGGAGUGGAACACAAAGUGUCGAACCACGAUUCCCACCCAUCGGCCUCGAUCCAAGUAAUACUGGGCUAUCCCCAGGCUCCGGUGUUCUAGCCCCCGGAAGACCCCCGACCCAGUUCGUGCAGAGCAUUGAUCAACUGGAACCCGGUUACGCCCAGCUUUUCGGCGCAUCUGCUGAGUCAGACCCCUGGCUGUUAAGGCAUUGUUGCUUUGACGAUUCUGGCAUGAAAUAUUUCUACAAAGUGCACUUUCGCAACGCCGGAGGUGUCCCUACGGCACAAAGAAUUCCAAUACACUUCAUGAUUUCGUCCGAAGAGCUCACCACCUCCAUUAAGCAUGAAACUAGGGCCGGCGUCGGCGACGCGACACGGGAACGCCUGAACUAUCUAGUACCCCCUGAGUAUGGAAGGAGGCUGGUAGCUUUGUUUGUCAAGUAUGUCUUUCCUGCCUUGCCAAUCAUUUCCCGUUCUCAACUAGGGUUGACUGCGACGACAUAUCAGCUGCCGGAUCUGUCGGCAUUAGAAAAGGUGCCCGUGCACCUUCUCGCGGCCAUCUAUGCGUCGGCAUUUCCAUUUGUCGCCCAUGAUGACUAUCUCUGUGUGCUGAGCACGUAUAAUGCGUCACCAGUUGACAUGUUGUGGCGGAUGGUCUAUGAACUCGUGACCGAAGAGAUCCAUAGUCCCCGUUUGGCUGUGGUGCAAGCAGCGUUGUUAUAUAUACACCAACAGUCAAAAGAUGAAACUCGCCAGACGACGGCCGAUACCCCGUUUCUGUGGUCCUUCGUCGGCCAAAUCGUUGGGUUGGCCUGUUCCCUCGGCCUUCACAUCGAAUGCCGCAUGUGGGGCAUUCCGGCAUGGGAGAAGCGCCUCCGUCGGCGGUUGUGGUGGGCUGUGUAUGCCGAAGACAAAUGGCGCAGUUUGCUGAUGGGCCGUCCACCAUAUAUCCAUCCCGCAGAGUGGGACGUGAGUGAAUUGGACGAAGGGGACUUUUUAGUGGGCCCACGACAAGGAUUCUCAACAAGUUCCUGUGAUACCGAGAUUCCGUUCCGAUACCUUAUCAAUCUCGCACGAAUCGGCGAAGAGAUCCAUGAGACAUUUUACACGCUCCGGGCCUCCCAAUUCUUGAACGCAAACUUCAUCGCCUCUGCCGAGCUAGGCCGUGGGCUGCUCGAAAAGUUGAAUGGCUGGUACUCUUCUCUCCCUGAAACUUUUCGACUUCCCAAUUGGAGCAAAUCCGUGAAUGGGCUUGCCCCAUACCCCACCUCGAUUCAUUUUGCUUACCUGUUGCUCGUGGUCUAUGUUUAUCGUGCCAUGCUAAGACCAAUGGCACGUUCAUCCGACCCACCGCUUAUUUUCGACUUGGAAGAUUUGUCUGCCACGUCACCAUUGCCCGUAGAUGAGUCGAUGCUGGACUUCAUGGAUCUCCCGGAAAUUGAAUCACUACCAGAAAUAGCUAUCUCCGAUGAGUUUGGUACUGGCGAUGCCACUCUACAAGCGGCAGAGAAGUGUGCCUCCAUAUUGGUGAACUUUGCGAGACGACUGACGUCUAGUGACUUCACGGCAUUCUGGUACUCUUGGUCUCGAAUUGGCUUUGCCACAAUUUCAAAUUACCUCAUGUUGCUACUGGUACAGGCUCCAAAUAUGGCACAUGCGAUACGGGGAAAGCAUUUAGUAGAUUCAUGGCUACAGGUUCUGCGGUGCCAAAGCCAAAGCUUCCCACUUGUGAAACUCGGCCUCGCAAGACUUGAUGCGCUUCACUGGGCAGGACUGGGAAAUACCUUUGUCCUCCCUGUGCAUGUUCAAGCGGCUAUAGCAAACCCAGAUAUACCGGAGUCUUGA